UUAAAAUAACACACGGAAAAAUUUUAAAGAUAGUCGAUCUAAUAAUAAGAACCGACCAUACGUGAAAGACAAUUAGCGAUUAGCGCUUAAGAAACGGCUUGAUUCGCAAAGGGUACUAUUUAAAAAGGGAAAAUAACGCAAAAGGUGGAAGAAUAUAUAUAUGUAUAUCAUGUGCAACUACUAUAUCAUAAGUAUAUGCAUAAAUAUAUGUUUAUAAAUACAUAUAUCUGUGGAAAAAAAGAAAGAAAAGAAAGAAAAGAAAGAAAAGAAAAGAAAAGAGAAAAGAGACCUCUUCCGAGAAAUCGAAAAUGCGAUAUCCAGAUUAUUUGUACUAAUAAAAAAUGCAAAAAAAAGAUUUCAACUUACCAUAUAAAGUCCUUGCAAUGGCUGCAGAAUGUGGGUUGUUUGAAGAAACGUGGCAUAAAGCUAUGAUUUUUAACCAUGUAUACAUUUUUCUUCUUGAGUGCUCCUUUCCGGCCCCGUAGUUUCUUGGCAAAAGCAGUGGUGGUAUCACCAGGACCGAGAGAAUCCUCGCACGUGUUAUUCGUUUCUUGUUCCUCCGCCAUGGCGACGUCUUAUCGCGAACGCGAUAGAUUUGGACCGACGGGGGUCUUAGGCAGACCCUCGCGGUUAUCGCAAUUUCUCUUCCGCCUCUUCACUCCCCUUCACCUCCUCUGCUUCCUUAGCCUUCUUUUCGAAUCUGGCUAAGUCCUUCCUAACUCGUCUUUUCGUACUUCACUUCUUUUUUUUCUUCUAUUACUGAAAGAGUCGCUCGAAAGCAAUAUUAUCGGAUCGCAGCAGCCUCGAUAUCGUUCGUACCAAGAGACAGAACGUAAAGCGAGAGAACUCGCACGAUGGGUGGUAGGUAGGCUACUCCGCGCGCGCGGUAUAAGCCCGUGCCACGACGUCGACCUACCUCGCUUUGCCUCUCUCUCUCUCUCUCUCUCUCUCUCUCUCUCUCUCUCUCUCUCUCUCUCUCUUGGCUCCUCCUCACCCCCUUCGGCUUGCUCGUUCGUUCGUUCGUUCGUUCGUUCGUUCGUUCGUUCGUUCGUUCGUUCGUUCGUGCGUUCGUUCGUUUGUUCGUUCGUUCGUUCGUUCGUUCGUCUAUCCGUCCAUUCGUUCGUUUGUCUGUCCGUCCGUCCGUUCGCUUACUCGUUUCUUCCUCUUUCCCACCUCUUCUCCCGAUCAACGUGCCUUUUUAUUUCAACUUCGUAGCACGUUCUUCUGUCCGUUCGUCUAUUUGUCCAAUGGAUCAACUAUUGCUCAACUCCGUACUUUCUUUCUCUCGCCUUUAUACUCCUCUAUUCUUCUGACAAUAACCGUUCUUUUUCUAUUAACCGUACCUUUGAUCUUUCUUUCUCUUUCCAAUCUCUUCUCGCGUUUAUCACAUUCUCCCUCUCCUUCUCUCUCUCUCUCUCUCUCUUCCUCUUUCUGGUUCUACCUCUCGAUUACCCUUCCUCUCUUCUAUCGUGGACCGCCCGAUAAUUUUAGAUUCUCGGCGCAGUGACUCGGAGCUGCCACUGCUCAGCCUGUGCCGCGCACUCGAAUAUCGACAUCCAACGACUAUGAGGAGUAAGGCUACGAAAGCAACACUGAACAAGAACGAACAGACGAGCGAAACUGCAAACGAGUGAACGUAAUCCGCUUUCCAACCGUAUUCUCCUCCUUUCUAUCUUCCUCUCUUCCUUCCUCCUUUCCCUUCUUUCUGAUUAUCGCCCCUUUAUCCUUUCUAUUCGGCGUCUAAUAUUCUUAUUUCUCCUAACUAUUCUUCUUUCUUCCUUAUUUUUGACUCUGUCCCUGCUCUAAAAAGAAAGUACUCUAUUUAUAUUUAUAUAUAUAUGUAUAUAUGCAUAUGUAUAUAUAAAGAGAGAGAGAGAGAGAGAGAGAGAGAGAGAGAGAAAUAACCCUUUACGCCUUUCUUCUUUUCUUCUAGUAAAUUCGAGCAUGAAAAACUUCUGCUGAAAAGAAUACAUUUUUAAAUCAAUAGAAAAUCAUCGAAAGAAGAAUCCUCCUACUAUCCCUUCUUUUCAGGUUGCUCGACCGGAAAGAAUUAUAGCUAGAGUUAUGACGCUCGGGUCAAUAAUACCUACCCUAGGGCUAUUUUUAAUAACCUGAUCGUGCGCGGUGUUCUUACGCGCUUGUGCUUAUGCCUAACCAUCGAUUCUUUGCGCUUUAAGGAUCACGGAAACAUGAAACCAAUAAAGUGUGAUCGAUCGCGAAAGAUGCAAUGUUUUUCUUAUCCUUUUGUGUAAUUUCACGAUUGGAAAUAUUUUUAUGAUCGGAAAAUUAUUCGUACCUGCUUAAAAAGCAUUGCCAUGUACGAUGAUUGAAUGAAAAAAAAUAGAACCGACGAUAGGAUACAAAACUUUUUUUAUACGAUCGAUGAAUUUCCUUGCGAUUCAACAAUCUCCCCGAUUUAUAUCAUUCAGCGGAUGAAAAAGUAGAUAAAACAUACGCUUGGUAUUUGUGGUAAAGGCUUCUGUUUAAUAUUACAGCGCCAACGUAUACAUGCUAUACAAUAUGAAUCAUAAAAUCUAUGUUAAAUUGUAUUUUUAACGCUAGAUGGCGCGUCGUUUUAAUGGGUGUCGUCCAAGUCAAAUUAGUAAAUUCAAAGACGCUGUACAUGCAUCCGUUUUAUCUUGCAGUUUAACUUUUGAUUUUAAAAGUAAUCAACAAAAUGUGGUAUUCAUACAAAAUCUCGUACAUAAUUCUCGUUAUCUUAUUUAAUCCGAUUAGUCACGCCCUGGAAUGUUAUGUUUGCACGGAUCAGGCCGAUAAUGAAGACAAAUGCUUAAAAAGCAUAAAAAUAUGUGAACAGGGAGAGGAUGUAUGUUUAACUGAAAUCAAAUGGGGCAGUACACCGUAUUGGUCGCAAGGUGCAAAGAAACAAUUUUAUAUUUCCAAAAGGUGUUCGACGAAAGUAGAAUGCGAAAGAAUAAGACGCAAUAACAUGCCAUUGUGUACUCAUAUUUGGUAUCAAGAUUGGAAAUGUUCGGAAUGUUGUCACGGAGACAAAUGCAACUAUUAUAUCAUUUCAGAUGCAAGCAAAGUAAGAGCUACUGUUGGAAGUAUCAUCUUGGCAUUACUUUCCGUCUUUCUACUUGGUAGAUAAAAUCGAUUAUCGUAUUAAACAUUGCUUCCAUUUAUUGGAACAUGUAGUAUUACUCAAUAUCGAAGACACGAAUCCAUUAUACGUCGAAUGGAACGUGACAGAUGUCUGUAUCGUUUCAAUGACAUCUCUUUAUCGGAAAGCAACGAUGUAAUAUAUUUAACAUUUUAUAGAAACGUUAAUUAGUUAAUAAGUAUAUUUUUAUAACAUUUUAUAGGAACGUAUGAACACUUACAUUUAAUUUACAAUACAAAUGUUUUGUACAAAUAAGUUUUGCAUAGAAGAAAGUCCGUCCAUAACUUAGACUAUUUAUAAAUUCAUUAUAUUAGAUAAUAAGUAUUUUUUAUAUAACUUUAAUACAUAAUUGUCCAAGCAUUUCAUAUUUAUUCUAUCGUCCGAAAAACACACAUAUAUAUAUAUAUAUAUAUAUAUAUAUAUACAUACAUACACUCGCACACACGAAAGGUACUCAUACCGCAUGUAUAUGAAUUAUGUUUAUAAGACAGUAGUAUAUAUUUACCUUAUGAAAUGUUACUUUCCAUAGAAAUAUUUCAUGUAAUUUUAUAUACAUACAUGCAUACACACAUACGCAUAUGUAUAUUUAGACGCGCAUAGCUGGAUGCGCGUGCACAUACGCGAACAUUUCGCGUUCGUAUGCAUAUAAUUCCCGUCCACUUUGUUAUAUUAAUAAAGAUAUUUUAUUCAGAA